AGAUGCAGAUUAUGGAGUGUGUUUUAGGAUUUUGUAAACGCCAUUUCGUUUUCUCUUCUCGCUCGAGCAAGAAUCACGAGUCUUUCCAUAGCUUUGACUUUUAUUUUCUCCUGAAAUUUCUCGUUGAAAUUAAUCAUGGUGUCUGGAUUCGAUGUGUUUUUCACAUUCCAUUUCCAAUUCCGCCAUGGCUUCCUCCUUCCUCUCCCUUCUGCUUUCCCUCCUCCUCUUCCUCUCUUUCGCCGGCGCCCAGGAGCUGUUCCAGAACUGUGAUCACAGCGCCGGCAACUUCAGCGACAACAGCACCUACCGAUCCAACCUCGAACGCCUCCUCUCCACCCUCGCCUCCGACGGCUACGCCACCGGCUUCCUCAAUACCAGUGUCGUGGGAGGCUCCGACCAGGUGUUUGGCCUCGUCAACUGCCGCGGCGACGUCAACGCCACCGAGUGCCGCUCCUGCCUCGACAACGCCACCGCCGAAGUCACCCGCAACUGCCCUAAUGAUAGGGCGGCCGAGUUGUGGUACGAGUUCUGCCUCAUCCGCUUCUCCGACCAGCCGCUGCCCACCUCCUCCUCCAACCGCCACCCACUGGGGUUUAACAGCAUGGAUGACGCCCCGGAACCGAACCGGUUCGCCUGGCUGUUGGGGAUGCUGAUGAACCGGACUGCCGAUGCGGCGGCCAAUUCCAGCAAGCGGUUCGCGAUCGGGGCGGCCAGCUACUACACAGCAGAGUUCCCCUCCAUCUACGACUCAAUGCAGUGCACGCGCGACCUGUCGCAGGAGCAGUGCAGGGAGUGCCUGGGCACGCUGUUCAUUCCGAUGCCGACGUUGUUCGUGGGAAAACAGGGGGGAAGGUUACUCGGCGGGAGCUGCGGCAUGAGGUUCGAGCUCUACUCCUUCCUAGGUUCCCCUACCCUCAACAUCUCUGUGCCCCCGCCGUCAGCGAUGCAACUGGCUCCGGCGCCCACCUCCUCCGGAGGGAAAAAGAAUGUAAUUGGAAUUGUCCUAGAUAUUGUAAUACCAUCGGUGACUGCGAUGUCUCUCAUCUUCUUAAUUUGCAUUUGCUACUGGAGGAGGAAGAAGCCGGGACCCCAAUAUGAAACUGAAGCAGAGAAAAUCAUGAGUGUCGAAUCAAUAUUGUUUGAUCUCUCCACACUACAAGUCGCGACAGCCUACUUCUCUAAAGAUAACAAACUCGGCGAAGGUGGAUUCGGAGCAGUUUACAAGGGAUUUCUUCCAAAUGGACAAGAAAUAGCAGUAAAGAAACUAUUGAAUGCGGGUCAGGGACUUGCAGAGCUGAAGAAUGAACUAGUUUUGGUUGCGAAGCUUCAACACCGGAAUCUUGUGAAACUUCUCGGAGUUUGCUUGGAGGAAGAGAAGAUGCUAAUCUAUGAAUAUGUUCCUAAUCGAAGUCUCGAUUUAUACCUUUAUGAUCCUGUGAGGGGUAAGGAAUUACGUUGGGGAACGAGAUACAAGAUCAUCAGUGGAAUUGCCCAAGGCUUGCGAUACCUGCACGAGGAGUCCCGGAUAAAGAUCAUACAUAGGGAUUUGAAAGCCGGCAAUAUUUUGCUAGAUGCAAAGAUGAACCCCAAAAUCUCAGAUUUCGGCUUAGCCAAACUCUUUGACGACGACCAGACUAAAGGCACCACCAACCGAGUCAUCGGAACUUUUGGCUACAUGGCACCCGAGUAUGCAAUGUAUGGUAAAUUCUCAAUGAAGUCAGACGUGUUCAGCUUCGGUGUUCUGAUCUUGGAGGUUUUGACGGGAAGAAAAAACUGCGGAAGCUAUGAUUCUGAGACUGCAGAGGGUCUUCUAAACUUCGCGUGGGCGAAGUGGAGUGGAGGAGUUGCGUUGGAGAUUGUAGACCCAGUUCUUGGCGACGAGUACCGAGGGAGCGACGUGCUCCGGUGCCUCCAGAUUGGGUUGCUGUGCGUGCAGGAGAAUCCAUCGGAUCGGCCCAGCAUGAGAACGGUGGACCUGAUGCUGAGUUCUGAAACGGUGUCCGUCAAAGCUCCUUCCAAGCCUGCGUUUUGCAUCGUCAAGAGCGGCACUCGAUCCGUGGCCAUGUCGCCCAACGAGGUGUCCAUUUCAGAACUGGAACCCUGUUUCAGGAUUUUGCGAACGCCAUUUUGUUUAUCACGAGCUUUGACUUUUAGAAAUGGAGACAUGGAUGACUUCAGGGGAUAUUCACAUUCUAUUUCCAAUUCCACCAUGGCUUCCUCCUCCUUCUCCCUUCUGCUUCCCCUCCUCCUCUUCCUCCUCUCUUUUACCGGCGCGCAGGAGCUGUUCCAGAACUGUGAUCCUAGCGCGGGAAAUUUCAGCGAAAACAGCAGCUACCAAUCCAACCUCGAACGACUCCUCUCCACCCUCGCCUCCGACGGCUACGCCACCGGCUUCCUCAAUACCAGUGUCGGGGGAGGCUCCGACCAGGUGUUUGGCCUCGUCAACUGCCGCGGCGACAUCAACGCCACCGAGUGCCGCUCCUGCCUAUACACCGCCACCGCCGAAGUCACCCGCAACUGCCCUAGUAACAGGGGCGCCGAGGUGUGGUACGAGUUCUGCCUCGUCCGCUUCUCCGACCAGCCGCUGCCCACUUCCUCCUCCAACCGCCAGCAGCUGGCGUUUAACAACGUGGACGACGCCCCGGAACCGAACCGGUUCGCCUGGCUACUGGGGAUGCUGAUGAACCGGACCGCCGACGCGGCGGCCAAUUCCAGCAAGCGGUUCGCGAUCGGGGAGGCCAGCUACUACACAGCAGAGUUCCCCUCCGUCUACGACGUGAUGCAGUGCACGCGCGACCUGUCGCAGGGGCAGUGCAGGGAGUGCCUCGGCACUCUGUUCGUUCCGAUGCCGCCGUCGUUCGUGGGAAAACAGGGGGGGAGGGUACUCGGCGAGAGCUGCAGCAUGAGGUUCGAGCUCUAUCCCUCCUUCUUCGAAGGUUCCCCCACCCUCAACAUCUCUGUGCCCCCGCCGUCAGCGAUGCAACCGGCUCCGCCGCCCACCUCCUCCGGAGGGAGAGAUACGACUACAGUCGUUCUGGCAACCGCUAUACCGGCGGUAUUCGUAUUAUCACUGGCCUCCAUCAUUUUCAUUUGCUACCGGCGGCGGCUGAGGAAGCAGGCGUCAUUGGGAUCGCUCUAUGAAACUGACCCGGAGAAGAUCAAUAGCGUGGAAUCUCUGUUGUUUGAUUACCACACGCUAAAAGUUGCGACUGACAAUUUCUCUGAGGGGAAUAAACUUGGGGAAGGCGGAUUCGGAGCGGUUUACAAGGGAACGCUACCGAAUGGACAAGAAAUAGCAGUGAAGAGACUCUUGAACUCAGGGCAAGGCCUCGGAGAGCUCAAGAAUGAGCUGGUUUUGGUGGCUAGGCUCCAACACAGAAAUCUUGUAAAACUUUUUGGUGUUUGCUUGGAGCAGGAGAAGAUGAUCGUUUAUGAAUAUGUUCCCAAUAGAAGUCUCGACACAUUUCUUUAUGAUUCAGUAAAAGGGCGAGAACUGCAUUGGGGAACAAGAUACAAGAUUAUCACAGGAAUUGCUCGAGGCUUACGCUACCUACACGAGGAGUCUCAGCUAAAAAUCAUACAUCGAGAUUUAAAAGCCAGCAACGUUUUGUUAGAUGCAGAAAUGAACCCCAAGAUCUCAGACUUCGGCUUAGCUAAGCUUUUUGACGUCGAUCAGACUCAGGGCAUUACAAAUCGAGUCGUGGGAACUUUCGGAUACAUGUCGCCGGAGUAUGCAAUGCACGGGCAGUUUUCGAGCAAGUCUGAUGUAUUCAGCUUCGGCGUUUUAGUUUUGGAGAUUUUGACGGGAAGGAAAAACACUGGUUCGUAUAAUUCUGAAAUGGCAGAAGACCUUAUGAGCUAUAUAUGGGGGAAAUGGGAUGGAGGUGCAGCAUUGGAGAUCGCGGACCCAGCUUUGGGUGGAGACUAUGAAGCGAAUGAAAUGCUGAGAUGCAUUCAGAUUGGGUUACUAUGUGUUCAGGAGAGCCCAUAUGACAGGCCGACCAUGUCCACUGUGGUUGUGAUGCUGAAUGCUGAAACUGUGUCUCUUCAAGCUCCUACCCGGCCGGUAUUUUCGAUCGGGCAUAGUCGUCUCGCCGUGGACUCGGGCUUCAGCUCGAACGCUUCUAGUAAUCGAGUCGGAGCGUAUGACAGAGACAAUAGGUCAUUGCUCAUUAUCACACCCACAGCAGAGGAUGUCUCCAUUUCAGAAGUAGAACCUAGAUGAAAAAAAUACUCAAGACUUUCUCCAUGAAGUUGGGAUGUUUGGAGUUUCAAACACAUUAGCACAGAGAAAUUUUAGCUUAAUUGUUUUGCUAUGGAAUUUUCUAGUAGACACAACUAAACUAAUGAAUAUAUCUGAAGUGUGGAUGGAUUGGAUUCUCUUUGGUUCUUAUAAA